GACCCGAGCGUUAGCGCUCAUGCAGACCAUCCAUAACUGGCCGGUCUUCGACAGCAAGCAAGGACUCCUAGCUCAGGUUGUUAGGCUGGAGCAGGCGAUGGCUGAGUACGACUCGAUUGCAUCACAAGCCAUGUCAGAUGAUCAAAGGGUCGUGUCGCUUCUGCGAUGUUUGACGGGGCAACUCCGUCAACACGUGAAUCUCACCAUGGAAGAUUCUUGGAGCUAUGCUGAGCUUCGCAGCCUGGUUGCCCGCUACGACGCCUCUUCGUCGAAAUGGGGAGCGUCAGUUGCAGCGGCUUACGGCUUGACAGAAGGCAAAGGAGGUGUGCUGAUCAACGCAGCCCCGGCUUCAUCCGAAGCUGUUCCUAUGGAGAUCGACAGGCUGGCCAAGGGAAAGCCAAAAGGUGGUAAAGACGGCAAGGGCAAGCCCAAAGGCAAGUUUGAUAAAGGCAAAAAGGGAAAAGGUGACACCAAGGGUAAAAAGGGGGAUAUUUCAAAGCCCUACAGCCCGAACCAUAAUCCUGCUGCUAACAAGACUUGCCACAACUGUGGCCGCAAAGGCCACUUUGCCCGGGACUGUCGUCAGAGCCGCGUUCGACAGGUCGAGGAAGCCACUGAUGGAGGUGCGUCAGCAUCCACUGACGCCGCCCAGGUCAGGCGUGUUGCAUACAACCUCGAUGACUAUGAUGAGGCACCCUUCGGUGAGAUUCGUGUGGUGUCGAAGUGUGAUGUUUGUGAGCAUUGCAACUCUGGUGAUGAAGGUGAUGAGGACUUUGCAGUCGAGGUGGUGUGUUUCCCACAAUGCAUCGCCGAGUGCAUUGAGAUAGAAGUCAUUGUUGGCUCAGGUGCCGAUGCACAAGGGAACCCCUUGAUGGUUCAUGGAACUAGACGAGCCGAGCUCAACUUCGGCAAUCAGCCUUCCUUCACCGAGACCUUUCUGGUUGCCCCUCACAUCACCACACCCCUACUUGCCGUGGGUAAGCUGUAUAGAGCAGGUUUCAGUUUGCAAAAUGAGAAUGGCAACAUGAGCCUUCGCAGCCCGAGUGGGGAUAUCAACAUUCCUCUGUGUCUGAAGCAAAACAGCCUUGCAGCAAAGCUCUAUGUGCGUGUGAUUCGACAGGACCCUGCCACCGUGAGGGCCUUGACUUGCACCGUCGGAACCUUGUCGCUGCCUGAUUACUUUGUGCAGAUCAGCGUAGACGUGUUUGGCAUGCGUGGAUACGGUAACCGCUCUGUUGACAUUACGAUGGCUUUGCCUCAAGAAGGUUGCAGCUUCAGGACAACAAUUGUCAAAGCACCAGACUCAGAUGAAUGGGAAAUUCUUGAGUGGUGUGAGAGCAUCGUUAAUGUAGAUGAGCUGAGUGCCUUACUGCCUGGCGGUGGAAGCCGCGAGAUGAUUGUGUUUGCGACCCGCAGAGUUGUGCCUCCUGAGGAGCUUGGUGUGAUGAUUGGUGAUGGUGGAGGUGAGCCUCCCAGUCCUGGUUCGCUUCCUACCCCUCCGGCAGAAGAUGCUGACAUGUUGGAGUCAGAGCAGCAACAACACGGUGCAGCAGCACCAGAUCAGCAAGCUGAACUGGAGGUUGAUGGAGCGCUGCAUGAUGAGGCACCUGUUGAUGAUGAUGGAAGCCUUGUGGUCGAUGGAACGACCCUCAGUAUGAACUCCACCCUUGCAGUCCUCAGACAGGCAGCUCAGUCACUAGGCCUCGGCCGCAGUGGCGGGAAAACCACCGUGCUCAA